CGCUCCGCGCGUGCGCUGGGCGAGGCGGGCGCUGGCGGCUGCGGCGCCGCGAUGGUGUCGGGGAUGAUCUCGCGCGCCGUGGUGCUGGUGUUUGGGAUGCUGUAUCCUGCAUAUUACUCUUACAAAGCUGUGAAGACAAAAAAUGUGAAGGAAUAUGUUCGCUGGAUGAUGUAUUGGAUUGUGUUUGCUCUUUAUACAGUCACUGAAACAGUAACUGACCUAACGGUCUCUUGGUUUCCACUGUACUAUGAAUUGAAGAUAGCUUUUGUUAUUUGGCUCCUUUCCCCGUAUACCAGAGGGGCGAGUUUAAUCUACAGAAAAUUUCUUCACCCGCUUCUUUCUUCUAAAGAAAAGGAGAUUGAUGACUACAUUGUACAGGCCAAGGAAAGAGGCUACGAGACCAUGGUGAAUUUUGGAAGGCAAGGGUUGAAUUUGGCAGCAACUGCUGCAGUGACAGCAGCUGUAAAGAGUCAAGGUGCGAUAACUGAGAAACUGAGAAGUUUCAGUAUGCACGAUUUGACUACUAUACAAGGAGAUGAGCCAGUAGGACAGGGACCCUAUCAGAUAUUACCAGAAGCAAAAAAGAAAACCAGAGCCUCUGGCAGUGAAUCUUCAGGCUACAGAACUUCACUAGAAAAAAAUCCUGGAGAUGAUAAAACAGAUGAAGAGAUGGAGGGGACACAUUCAGAGGAUGAAGCGUUUGCUCAGAGAGGCCUUCGAAGAACCCAGAGCAUGAAAUCUGUGAAAAGCAUUAAAGGCCGUAAAGAGAUACGAUAUGGAUCGCUGAAGUACAGAACAAAGAAGAGAGCUGCUGUAUACUUCUAAGUGCAUUGCACAGUGCCUGCAAGACAAACUGCUGUAUUAUAAUAACUUGAAUUUAGUGCGUCAAAUGUUAAAGAUCUGUGUAUGAUUCAUAUAAUGAGUAUGUAUGAAUAGAGAUGGUAGGACUUGGUUUUAUGAACCUAAAUGGUUGGAUAAAAUAUUACUCUGCUUUCUUUUAAUUGCUUGUUGUUUAGACUUACACCUGGGCAAGUUUUAGUAUGAAUGUCAGGACUCCUUAAAUAGGAGUUAAGUGAGUAACAGGAAACAGCUUUUUUCCAGAGAUAUUGAACAGAUAGAGAUAAUUACAACUCCAACUGAAUUAUCAGAAUUUGUAAGUAUUUUGAACUUGUGAAAAUUGAACCCAUGGUAUCCCCAGGUUUACAUGGAAGCGGGUGUACUUGAAACGUUCUUCUGAGCGGCCUUCCUGAAAAGGCCUUUGUGUAAUAUAAAAAUGUACAGUUCAAAGGGCAGUGGAUGAUGGUGGGAAACGAAGAGACAAGAUAGAUAUGGUACAUCCUUGAGAUCAUUAUUUUGCAUCAUAUUGCCAAGCUUAAACAACUUAUGUAAUACUAACAGGGGCAGACUAGGGGGGUGUUUAGCACUUUAUGCAAAACUGUUUAGUUUUGCACAGUCUUACUGAUUUACAGCUGCAGAUGUCAUUUUAGUAGCUUCAUCAGUAGCUUGGACAUCUUUUGAAUGCCAGCAGUUCUUGUAUUUCGUAAUCUUUUUUAGUUUAUCUAGAUUGCUUAACUACACUUAGGAUGCUGUUGGUAAUUGCUACUAGCACUUAAUAUUAUCAGGUGCCUUUCUAUGUAUUACAAGGCUGCGUGUUUUUUUUGUUUGUAUGGGGUUUUGUUUUGUUUGGUUUGGGGGUUUUGUUGUUUUGUUUGUGUUUUUAUUCUGCUUUUACCUAGAGAGAUGUAAAAUGAUUUAAGUUGUUUUUUGGUUAAAAUUGUGGUAAGUACAACUUGUAGCAAUUCCAGUGAUAGAUCUCAGGGAUCUGAUCAGCCCAUCAGCUGUGUGUUAGAAGUCAUGCCAACAUGAAGGCAUGUGUGAUAGAUUUUUCAGGCCCUGGUUUGGUUUUGCUCUGCAUUGCUUUUAAGAAUGACUAUAUAUAUAUAAGAGAACAUGUAUGUGUGUGUAUUUCAUAUCAUAUGUGAAUUCUAAAAUUGGCUGUAUAGUACUUUCUUUUAUUUCUGAAGUUAUUACUAAACCAUUUAAAUACAAAUAGGUUUUUCUCAAAGUCUCACUGAUUUUGUCAGCCGUUUUAUAACCCAGAGUCUCAUGGCAUAACUGUUUGCACAGAGAUUAAUUUUGCAAUAUCAUUCAAGGCAGGGACUUGUCACAAAGAGUUUUUGAGGUCCCUUUGGUUCUGUUUUCUGCAAUUCUGAGAACUAGGCUGAUUUUAGUUUUCUGUGUGACUAUGUUUCUUCUGUGGAUUCAAGGAGAAAACACACACUUUUUGUAGCUAGUAUUUUAUUACUCGGCACGAGGAGAGACGGUGUUACUUUUCUUAAAGUGAAUAUGGUGUAUGAUCCCACUUAGCCUUGAAUCUCAGACUUCAAUCCUUAGACCUUCCUCCAAGUAUAUCCGGGGGGGAGAAAGUUAUCUGUAAGUCUGCUGCAGCUCUUUCAGACAUAUUCUUAAGGCUUGGGCCUGCUGCAGUUUUUUCUGUUUACGUUACAGCUACAACAGGUUCACUACUGGUGGGUACUUAAUGGCUUGUGAAUAUAUGCUGGCAUUUGAAGUAGUCUUCUGUGGAGUUUGGGCCAGGGUUCGAACUGUAUGGAUAAAAAAGCAGCUGGUCUGUAUUGGCAUUGUAUUACCCACUUGGUAUUGUAGGCAUUUGUGCAAGUGCAAAGCCUCAGUCAAAUAUAACAAUAGUGAUGGUGCAGUGCUUCUCUGAGGAAGAGAAAUGCUUUAGUAAGAACUUGCAUCAGUCCAUGUGAUUAAAAGGCUUAGCCUUGUAUUAAUUUUCUCGGAGACACAGUUUUGUAACAGAAGGAAGGCAAGCUGCUCUCUCCCAAAUGAGUAUAGUGCAAAAAUCCCAUCCUCUAAUUAAACCUGCAACUUGUGACCUGGCUUUUGUAAAGAGCUGUUGUCUGAGAGGCAGUGACCAGAAAGGCAGCCUCCCUGUGGCCUGGUUCAUCACCUGUGGCCCAGGAAUGUUUGUGCUUCUUAUCUAUUUCCUUUACUGCAAGAAAGCUGUCUGUGUGUUAAGGUAUGUGAGACAUUACAGGAAACUGAGGCUUUUGUUUGCAUCUUGCUCCUAACCUCGGCGUUGGGUGGAAUCUCUAAUUCGUAACUCUCCAGCUGAGCGUUCCCCUUCAGCGCCUGCUGCCACAUCUUGCGUUAACUCAUCAUGUUUGUUUUAUUGGCAAGCAUGGCAAGAAAACUGACAUCUUUCUACAAAUCAGAAUCCCACAUGAAGGAGUAGCACGAGCCCUUCUUUCAGAAUUACAGCUGCUGUUACGGAUUCAUGUAGAUCCUGUUUCUUUUCACAUUUGCAGGGCUAGAGAUCACUGAAUAGUUCAGGCUCCACUACAUUCCUGGUCAGCAAGUUGCUCUAUGUCUCGUUUUGUACUUGAGGCUGUAACUUCUGGCAAACUUAAUUUUCGGAUUAAGUAGUAACAGAGGCUAAAAAUGACUCCUUUUUCUGCACUAUGCAUGGAACAAGGAAGCUAGCAGCAUUAUUCAUAUUUGUUGCUGAUUGCAUAUAAAUGUACUUGCAUUCUCUCAGAUACUGUCUUAAAUGAUAAAACUUCCAGUGUUUUCCUAGCUGUUUUUUUAAUCUAGUAUCCUACUGUAAAAUUAUUUUCUUGAUAGCUCAAUUUUGCUCUUUGAAUUCAUCCUGAAACUUGUUCAUUGUAUUUUCUUUUUGCCCUUGUUGUCGAUUGUCAGCUGAUGCUUGGCAAGGCGCGGUGGCACGGUUAGUGAGUGACAUGUAUUUCUCUCUGCUUGUUGGAUUUAGUUUAGUUUGGUUUUGAAAUAUUACUUAACCUUUUAAACUUUGUGUACAGGGAAUUUUCAAACUCUCUUGCCUUAGCAGCUGCAAAAAUGAUCUGUGUAGCUCCUGCUAGUAAGCUUUUUGGAAAAAUGUUAAACAAAAAUAAAAAUUUAGCUUAACAUUCUGUUUGGUUUUAGAAUAUAAAAUGUAGUUCAUGUAACAUUAGAUGAUCUUAUGAACAAAGCAGACUGCCACCAAGAGGACUGCUAGUAUAAUUCAAGAAAAACUUCGGUAGUCGUUAAGGGCACUAAACAAGAAAUACAUAUUAUCUUUUAAAAUCAUAUAAAGGUUUUAAGCCUUUCCAAAAUAUAUCUGAAGGGAUUCAGAUUUCCUAACAAGAGCCUAUUGUACAUAUUAAAAUACACAGUUUGAGGAUGAGGAUUAAAUUGAUGCAAAUGAACUCAGGCCAAACUCUGAUUACAGGGUAAUUGCCAAUAUUGGCUACUUAACACUAGUGGCUUUGCUAUGUGAAAGUAACUGAGUAUUAUCCAAGAUACUUUUUGCAAGCUAUAGUGAAUUUUAAAAUGAACAGAAGAUAAUUUGGCUAAACAGAAUGGUGGAGUGAAUGCUAGGUGCGUUUAACACACUGUUCAGGACAAAAGAUAUUUUAUUUUUGGAGUUGCUUUUAUUAAUGGCAAGUUGGUAUUUUACAGUAUUUUUAUACAGAAAAAUGUGUAUGUGCAAAGGCAAUACUUUAACAUUUUUCAAGAAAUUGUAUUUUUAAAUGCCACAGACCAGAGACUGUCUACAUUGAGACUGAAGUUAGCAGCUUUAAAAAAAUUCAAUGUAAGCUUUAAUUUUUAUAUUGUAAUAAUAACUUGCUGUCAACUUGUUUACAUAUUUGUAGGAGGGAAAGCUUCAUUAUGCAUUGACUUAUCUUGACACUAUCUUAAAUAAAAGCUGCUUUGAGAUGA